CGACCACAACAUUGGGAGUUUCCAAAAGAAAAUUUUUGGAGAAGCGGAGUUGCCGACUAUUUUCGGUGUUUAUUUGAGACACAUUGUAAUGAAGUCCAUUCUUACCUCACUGCCCCUAGCCUACAGGGUUGGUGUUUGUGGGCAUGCGAGCAGAAGUGUUAGGACCUGUUUUCAGGCAAGAAGACUGCAUUCAGAAUCAAAUGCUGAUACAGGGACCAAGACUGUUAGAGAUGUGAUAUCAAGCUUAUCAGAAAAAGUUGGUGCAGCUAAGAGUUUCACGCAAGUAUCAGAUCGAUCCUUCCUGCUUGAUCUCCUGCCAAAGUCACAGGAUGAAUUGCCGCCAAGAAGCAUGAAGGACAGUUUUGACAGCGCAAUCAUUCCCCUCGAGAGUGAAGUGAGACUAAGGGAAAAAUACGUGACCUUCCUCGGAGGAGUAAGAGUUGGCAGACUCUUGGAAGACCUUGAUGUAUUUGCAGUGUGGCUGUGCUACAAGCACCUAGAAAAUCCUCGCCAGAAGGAAGACAUGCCGAGCCCAUACAGCAUUGUCACCGCUCUCGUUGACCGCAUUGAUUUCAACCAUGGAGUAAUGCUGAGGCCAGACCGUGAUAUUCGACUAUCGGGCCACGUCUCUUGGGCCGGACGAUCAUCUAUGGAGGCCAUCAUUAAAGUGGAGCAGUUCAAUGAGGGAGAGUGGCACCAGGUCACCCGCGCUGUCUUUGUUAUGGUGGCUCGUGACCCCCUCAACCAAGGCUCAGCUCUUGUGAACCCCCUUGUUCCUGAGACGCCAGAAGAGAAGAGGAUAUUCCAGGCCGGAGAGAUCAACAAGUUACACAGGAGAGUGAUCCAGCAGGAGAGCCUGUUUCGAGUCCCUCCAAAUGAGUCGGAAAAGAGCCUCGUACAUGAAGUCUUCAUGUCCAUGGCAAACCCAGAGCAGCUUUCUUUCGCGUCCAAGAAAGUUCCAGAGAAUUCGGUCUGGAUGGAAGACCACAAAUUAAAGAACCUUAUUAUUUGUCACCCUGAGUCUCGCAAUAUCUUCAACAAAAUCUUUGGUGGAUUCUUGAUGAGGAAGGCAUUUGAGCUUUCUUGGGCUAAUGUCUCGGUACUUAGGUUAGUAUUGCCAUUUGCAGAUGAAUGUAUCUCCUUGGUCAUUGGAUGGAAGGAGCAACUGCUAGGCUGCAUUUCUCUUGAAAUUCACUGCAUUCCUGAUCAACCAGUAGAGAUUGGAUCACUCCUGUAUCUAAACUCACAGGUUGUUUACACUGAGGGGACACACAUUCAAGUCAGCACAAAAGCAAGUGUGAUGGAUGCUGUAACCUCAGAAAUCAACCUCACAAACAUUUUCCACUUCACUUACGAAGUGAUGCGACCUGGUCCAACCGUCUUGCCUCGAACUUAUCACGAGGCCAUGUUGUAUCUGGAUGGUCGUCGUCAUUAUCAACUUGUCCGAGGUCUUCGCAAGUUCUAUGGCCAAGGAGAAGUGCCUUCAGACACACGGAUUUAGAAGGAAUGGUCAAAAGAACAGUUGUUUGAUCAAAUAUUUGAUACUGUAAAUAGAAUUGAAAUUAUAUAUACAUACAUGAGUACAGAAACAUACACACAUGCAUUAUGAAUAGUCAUAAGUACAUAUAUUUACAUUUACUGUUCUGUGCGAAUAUUUAUAUGAUUAUACACUUUGUAUAUAAAGGUAUGUAUUUAUAAAGUACUUAUAUGAAAUCAAAGCACAAAGUUUUGCUUUCUUUUUUCAUGUGGAGAUUAGUUAAUCCAACUCUAUGUUAAUUGGUAUUUAUAGUUGAUUUGUAUGUAGUGCUUGAUCUAGUCUUUUAAAGUUUUAGGUUCUUUUGUCUUUUACUUAGGAUUUGGCCAUAUUUUACUCACUUGUCUACCUAAGUAUCUUUUGUCAGAAUCUAAUCUCUUUAGUUAUGGCAGUGCUUUACUUAUUUUAGAUUUAAAGGGCUUUUAAAAAAAGGAGAGCAGAAUGAUGGUAAAUGUAUUAAGGGGAUUUUUACAAAUGAUUUUCCUUGGCUCAUAUUUAUGGUAUUUGGAGUGGUGGGGCUUUCAGUGACCUAUGUUUUAGAAAUUGGAAUCACAAUGGUUUCACUAUUAUGAUUGUUCUAAUACUGAGUACAUAUUAUACAGGUGUAAUUUAGACACAUCGCCCUAGAUAAACAAUGAAAACAAAUUAUGUGUGUGUAGGGAAAUGAAAAAAAUUAUAACUGGAAAGAAAACCUGACCAUGUGAAAAACUACACAAAUUUAUGGCGGCUAAAAUUACCUACAAAGGUCUCAUCCAUCACCAAGACCUAUUUAUAUGAGCAGUGUUGAUUGUGACAAUUGUAGAUAA